GAGAGGGGAAGAGGAAGCUUUAGCUACCCCUUCUGCUUCCCCUUCUCAAAAAAUUUUCCCGCAGCUUUUACAGAGCAGUGGCGAGAGUAGAAACGGCGGGAUAAGGCGAAAUUAAUCCCGAAAAAUUCGUUUUUUUGGUUCUUCGGUGAGCCCCCUUUCAUUUGCCGGAUCUCCGCCUUGCGAUUCUUGUCCGGGUGGCUGGAUUUCACCUCCAUUCGAUCGAUUCCCGCCGGCUGCAUCCGUGUUCUAUCUGGCUGAAAGAAUUGAGGGGAAGAGGUUGGAUUGAUGGGGAAGAGAGGUUGUUCAUAGAGGAGGCGGGAAGUUUGUGUUUUGAGGUAUAGUUGGCUCUCGCGUUAUCCAUUUGUUUUGAAAUUCAAUGGAGCAAGGAAUUCAAUCGGCUUCACCUACGGCUUCGGAUUUGCCUUCAAAGAAGCUGGUUCGGCAGCUGGAUUUCACGUCGGCGCACUGCGGGGUUCCGGCGGGGACUCUGCCCCAUGAACAUCAGCAGUUACAACCGUUGCAGAAGCAGAUGAACGCGCCUCCGCUUCCCGUGCCGCGCUCUUCGAUUCCCACGUCCAUAAAACCCGAAUCUCCAAAAGGAAGGUCAAGGCCUUUAUUUGAAAUGAAAGAAGGUACUCCAACACGAAAAAAGAACUGCAACUGCAAACACUCAAGAUGCUUGAAGCUGUAUUGCGAGUGUUUUGCAUCCGGUGUUCAUUGUGAUGGGUGCAAUUGUGCAAAUUGUUGUAAUAAUGGCGAGAAUGAAGCUACGAGGCGCGAUGCCAUUGAAGCUACUCUCGAGCGAAAUCCCAAUGCCUUUAGGCCUAAGAUUGGAAAUAGUCCCCAUUCAAUUCGAGAUAGUAAGGAAGAUGUAGUCGAGACUACUCUGGUUGGCAAGCAUAAUAAAGGCUGCCAUUGCAAGAAAUCGGGUUGCCUCAAGAAAUAUUGCGAGUGUUACCAAGCCAACAUUCUCUGCUCCGAAAAUUGUAAGUGUAUAGACUGCAAGAACUUCGAAGGGAGCGAAGAGAGAAAGGCUUAUCACCAUGGAGAUCAUGGGAAUGCUUUCAAUUUCAUGCAACAGGCGGCGCAUGCGGCCUUAAAUGGUGCUAUUGGUCCCUCUGGCUAUAAUUCGCCUGUGUCAAAGAAGCGGAAGAACCAUGAUCUCUUUUUCAACACAUCUUCGAAGGAUCAAUCCAUUCACGUUGCGGUGCAAUACCCAAAUGUUGGCCAUGUGAAGACUUCAGAGCCUUCAUCUGUUGCUUCUGUUCCUGCAGGCCGUUCUGCUAAUCCUGCUCCAUUGGGAUCGGCAAAAGCUACGUAUAGGCCAUUGCUAGCAGAUAUAGUACACAAUGAAGAUGUAAAGGAGUUAUGCCGAAUUUUGGCGGUCGUAUCGGCAGAGGUCGUUAAAACAGCCGCUGGUAAAUGUGUUCGAGAGGAGAAGCAUCCUGAGAUGGAGGAACAGGUAGAAAGCUCUCAUCCUGAUCGCAGGAGCGACGAUAAGAUUGAAACUCUGGUGAGGUCCGAUCUUCAGAAAAUAUCGGUCGAUGACCGAUUAAGCGGAACUCAUGCCGACGAAAUUACAGAAGAGUCUGACUUUGCUGAUGGUCAGAGAAGUACAAGGCCUAUGUCUCCUGAAACUCUAGCUCUAAUGUGUGAUGAGCAGGAUAUGAUGUGCCUGUCAUCUCAUAAUAAUGAUAUGGUUCCAGCACUCCCCAAUAACCAGAGAAUGACAGAGGUGUAUGCAGAGCAAGAGAAAUGUGUGCUGAUGGCGUUUCGAGAAUCUCUCCUUAAACUUAUCAAUUGUGGAACAGCUAAAGAAGUAAAGUUCUCUUCUACCUCUUCGAAAGCAGAAGCUUCCAGCCAUGGCGAUGCACUCCCUAACAGCAUCAGUAGAAUACCUGCUCCAGUUAACUCCCAGUUAUUCCAGACUGUAAAUACAUUACCUUCUUCUUCAAACAGCCAUUUUCCCUUAACGGCUCUUAAUCAGACUGUAGAGAAUGGACCGUUGAAACCUAAGGUUGAGAACACUGAGAUUUUGAAAUUUAAAUGAAUGCAGGUGUAACGGUCGAAUGUAGUAGCCGUUUGUGUAGUUUUAUGUUGUUCUGACAGACCUUAUUCUGACAGCCAUUAUUUAUGCCUUACAAUUGUCAUAAAAGUGAGUUGAUUUAAUCAGCUCAAG